CUGGUGUUUGCAUACUAUAGGAGCCCCUGCAAAAGGAGUGAGUUAAAUAUGGUAAGCCAAUCAGGUGGUCACAGUGUUGCUGGCAUAGUGGUGAUUCUCCGGAGACUCCACUCCAAGAGCCCUCUGUGUUUCGACUUUCAAAUCCUAAAGUUCGAAUCCCCUUGCCCACGCCUAGUCCACCCCAAAAUGGUUAGUAUGACUAAGGUCAUCUGGCCGGCUCUUGUCUGUGCCCUCAUGCUCCGCCCGGCGGCUGCUGCCCUGCCUGCCCGCGCCCCAUCCGCAGGAAUAUGCUGUGACAGGUGCGAAGUAAUAUUCCGGCAAGCAGGCCAGACGGGCCGACAAAACUCGAGGACUCUAAAACCGCUGGAGGCUCCGAAGACGCAGUAUUGCUGGAUAAUGCGGCAGGCUGCCCCUGACAAAUGCCAAACCCUGCUUGAAAUCAAGGAGUACCACUGUAGAAGGUGUAAUGUUUACGCUUGGGAGAGUACAUCCAGCUGCCAAGAUCACGGCCAACCCGUCAACCUAUUGUGGGUGACCUUUGAAGAUGAAGAGGCAGGAGGGUCAUCUGCUGAACGGUAGGUGUAGCUGAUUGCAUCUUCACCCGCGGUCGAUAAUUCUUUUUUCCCUUGACAACUUAUAACUAUCUGUAAAUCAUGAUGGCUGGAAGAAUUGCAGUAAAAGUGAGUCGUAGGCAGGAUUAGAGUUGGACAAGGUACUACCUCUUU